AUGAUAGUCAACUGGAAGGGAAUCUCGGAAAGAGCUCAAGACGAGCUCUUACAGUCAAUUCCUACAAAGUGGAAAAUAGACAGAACGCAAUAUGCUGGGCUUACAAAUGUCUCCCAAGUGCCCGUCACAUGCGGCCUGUUGAGUGAAAAACAGAUUCAGAUUACUGAACUUACAGUAACAGAGCUUGCCGCUCAGAUCAGAACUCGCACACUAAAGGCAACCGAAGUGCUUGAAGCAUUUGCUACCCGUGCCGUUAUUGCUCAUCAGCUCGUUAAUUGCUUGGCCGACUGGUUCUACGAGGAUGGACUUGAACAGGCUAAGCAGUUGGACGACUUACUAGAGGCUGGGGGUAGUCCCAAAGGACCCUUGCACGGUAUCCCUGUGGCACUCAAGGAUACGUUCGAUCUCCAAGGUCGUGCCACUACACGAGGCUUUGUCAUCAACAAGGGUAAACUAAGCGGCCACGACUCUGACAUUAUCCAGACUCUCCGCUCCGCAGGCGCGGUAUUCUUCUGCAGAACUACUAUGCCGCAGACCGGAUUCAUCCUGGAAACAGUGAGCAAUCUUUGGGGGCGAACCAUUAACCCUUUCAACAAUAAAUUUGGAGCAGGUGGUAGCUCAGGAGGAGACGCUGUUUUGGUCGCCAUGAAAGGAUGCCCAAUUGCCCCAUCGACCGACAUGGGUGGAUCUAUCCGCGUGCCAGCUGCCUUCAAUGGGCUCUAUGCGAUUCGGCCUACCUCCCAACGUAUUCCGAAAGGAGGUUGGGGGGGUUCAGUAACCGGACAGAUAUCUGUUAGAGAUUCUGCCGGUCCCGUCUGCCAUUCUGUUGAUGAUCUCAAGCUCUUGACCGAGGUGAUCGGUUCACACAAUUCUCAGCACAGGUACGAUACUAAUUCAGUCCCUAUUCCAUGGAGGCAGAUCUCUCUGCCAGAGGGAAAACUUGCUGUCGGUAUCAUGAAGUGGGAUGGAGUUGUUAUGCCUCACCCUCCUAUCUUGAGGGCCAUUGAGGAAACUAAACAAAGUCUGUUACGACAUGGCUUUGAAGACGGCGGGGCGGAUGCUGCACUUGUCGCCGCAGCCACAGGCGAGCCUCUCGUCCCAGCCUUCCUUGACUUGCUCAAAGUCUACAGCGCCAGUGCUCGUUCCGCGCCCGAGGUCUUGAAACUCAACAUAAAAAUGAGAGCCUACAAGGUCGCCUUCGCUCAGGCUUGGGAUGAUACAAAACACCAAUUGACCACCGGUCGCCCUAUGGAUGCACUUAUCUGCCCUGUAUCCCCUUCUUCCGGAAUCCCUCACGAUUUUAACGUAUGGUGGGGUUAUACGUGUAUGUGGAACUUGCUCGACUACCCCUCGACAGUUCUGCCAGUGCCCAUCUCCAAGACCACUGUUGAACAAGACCCGCCCAACAUUUCGUAUACGCCUUUGUCGACGAAUCCUUAUGAUAAGGCAAACCAUGAGAUGUAUGAUCCCAAGCUUUUCGAGAACCUGCGACCUUGUAUUCAGAUGGUCGCGAGGCCAUUCGAUGACGAAGAGCUUCUAGAGAUGACCGCGGAGGUCGACAAGGUGCUACGAGGGUGCCCCUUACCAUAA